UAAUUUAGUAAGUUGGUCCACAGAACCACAUAAACCUCAUCUUCUUCUUCAUCCAUAAUCUUCUCCGUCCUUCCCAAACCAAAGCAGAAAUGGCGCUCAAUCUAACCAACACCUUCCUCCAAGGACAUUCCUGCCCACGGGUCCUCCCUCCCAAGAAGGUCUCCAAUGUUGUUGGGUCGGGGAGUUUCCGGCCUGUGGUGACGUGCAGGAAGAAGGAGAUACACCCGGAGUUCUACGAGGACGCCAAGGUGUACUGCAAAGGAGAGCUGGUCAUGACCACCGGUGGGACCCAGAAGGAGUACGUGGUGGAUAUCUGGUCGGGUAACCACCCCUUCUACCUCGGAAACCGGUCGGGUCUUCUGGUCGACGAUGACCAGGUCGAGAAGUUCAGGAAGAAGUACGGCGGGCUCACGGAGAUUAUGGAUAUUCCGGUGCUCAAGGGAGAGAUUGUGCUGCCCUCUAGGAAAAAAGGGGCUGGGAAAGGAGGCAAGAAGAAGUAGUAGAACCCACACCCAAACAAACUAUGUGCAAGCUCUUUGCUUCUGCUUUGCUUUGCUUCAACUAUCUGAGAUUUUUAGGUGAUGCUAAAAAUUCAAGCUUCAAGGUGUGUAUUUUGUGAAAUGGAAUAGAAUUGAAUUUCAAUGCUGA